UUCGACCAGCAUGACGCGAGGUCGCGGAAUUUGCUGUACGCAAUGUACUAAUAAAAUCGAUCGCUACGAUGAUUCUAUAGAGUGUGCAAAUUGUGCCAAUAGCUAUCACAUAAAAUGUGCUAACUUAUCACUUGAAAGCUACAAUAAACUCCGUGAAAAUUGUGCCGAUAAAUGGAUCUGUGAGAAUUGCCGUCAAAUGGGUGAGAACGCGUCUAAUUUCAUCAAUCGAGAAACACAGACCGCUGAAUACCUGCAUUCAACAAUGGACUUUUCCAAGUUGAGGGAACAAAUCGUCGCUGAUAUCAGUGCUAUUUUCUUCAAAGAGAUCAACGAUUUGAAGACUAUCAUAACAAACCAAAGUAAACAGAUAAAAGAACUCUCAUCAGAACUACGUUCAUUCAAAAAACAAAAGAACCUUAUCGCUGCACCGCAUGACAGUAAUACACCCAGCAAUCAACCGGUUCGGAACAUCCCCGAUGACUCAUCUUUAUCUUCGGCAUCGGUACCACUGAAUGUUACACCUGCUUGCAUUCCGGAUAAGGAAAUUCCAAAAUUGAAUGAAACCUUGACCGGCGAUUUAUGUGUAACUGGUGAGAAUUCCUCUGAGUGGAGUACUGUCACUAAAAGAAGAAAACGUAAGAACCCAAGAAAUUCACCUGCUGUAAACCCUAUUUCUCCGAGAAUUCCAAUAUCUGAAACAACGACAGUAACCAAAAAAAUUAAUAGGCCUCUGGUUGGUACACUCAAGUCGAACAUCCUGCAUGUAGCACCUAAAAAGCAAUUAUCUUACCUCCACGUAUCACGACUCAGUCCAGAGACGACCGUACUUGAAUUGCAAAAUUUCCUUAAAGAACAUAUACAGAAUGUCUCCUGCGAAAAACUCAAUUCGAAACAACCGGAGUUGUAUUCUUCUUUCAAGGUAUCACUACCUACAGAAUACUUUAACACAGUAAUGAAUCCUGAAUUUUGGCCUGAAGGAAUUGCUGUGAAUAAGUUUUUUAUAAAGCGACAUCAACCUGUGGUCACAAGCUGAACUUUAAAGCU